AUGGAGGACGCGUACCUUAGGGGCCCCGAUGUGACUUAUAAGAGAGUCCCACGGGGCGCGAAGCUGGCUGAAAAACGAGGCGUGGGCGUGGCGGCGCUGAUCUAUUGGCGACAGACCAAGCUGAACUCCAUCAAACUCAACGGUUUCCACAACCACAAAUCCUCGUCCGCUUGCACCCCCAACCCGGCCGACCGCCAUCAGGAUGGGUCCUGCCAGGAUCCAUGCUCUCGGUUGAUGUUUGUCAAAGACUCCAGCCAUGUUGUCUAG